GUGUUUCAGAUAAAUGAUUGGCAUGAUGAUUAAAUAUUCAAUAGCACUGUCAAAACUUCAAGUUCUCAUUAGAAGUGCACAACUGGAACGCUCACACAGUCAAUAGACCGAGAGCUGAACUUUAAAUCAAAGUGUCUGAUCUUGACCCGUCUCCUGUCGACACCAGAAUGGUCCAGUAAUGGGCGUAAUAGGUGCGAGCACUUCCCCAGUGCGUCUUCGUCUCGUAUAGCUGAAUGGCCUCAGCUCACCAAAGGCAACUUGGGAGGGAGAGGAAGCGAGGAGAGAGGUAGAAAACUAGGGCACUGUUAUCUGGCCGACUUUUUUUACCAACCACCAGGCGUGAGGCAGAGAAAGAGACAGAAAGAGCUGUGGAAACUAGAGCCGGAGAGACGAGAGGACAUCACAAGUGUAGACGAGACAGGGGGGGAACCUCUGGAGUCAACCGAAGACAACCUUGACUGUCCUACGCAGCCUUUUACGAUCACACACACGUGCAAACGCGGGCACGUGAACACACACACACACACACGUCGAGCGGCAACAUGUUUGAGGAGCAGGCGACCAAGGUCAAGAUCACAUCCGUGGUGAUUUUGGUGGGCAUGUCGUCGAUGCUGGCGGCGGUGGUGACCGACCACUGGGCCGUGCUCAGCCCCCGGGUGGAGAAGCUCAACGCCACCUGCGAGGCGGCCCACUUUGGCCUCUGGAGGCUCUGCAAGAAGACCAUCUUCAUCGUGGAGGAAGACCCUCAGGGCAAAGGCUGCGGCCCCAUCAGCUUACCUGGAGCAAAAAACUGUUCCUACUUCAAACACUUUACCUCGGGGGAAGAAGCUGAAGUUUUUGAAGUCAAGACCCAGAAAGAGUACAACAUCUCAGCAGCAGCCAUCGCCAUCUUCAGCCUGUUCUUCAUGACCCUGGGCACCCUCUGUGUCAUCUUCUCUUUCGGGAAGGGACGGGACUACCUGCUCCGGCCCGCUGGGAUGUUCUUCGCCUUCGCAGGGCUUUGCAUCAUCAUCUCCGUCGAGGUCAUGCGCCAGUCCGUCAAGCGUAUGAUCGACAGCGAUGAGACCAUCUGGAUCGAAUACUACUACUCCUGGUCCUUCACCUGCGCCUGCGCCGCCUUCACCCUGCUCAUCCUCAGUGGAGGCGCCCUGCUCCUCAUCUCAAUGCCCCACAUGCCUCGUAACCCCUGGGAGACCUGCAUGGACGCUGAGCCCGACACCUUAGAGUAGCCUCAGGUGAUGCAACGUCUGAAAGCCUGCUUAAAAUAACAAAACAAAAAAUAAAAGUGGUUUGGCAUAUUUUAGCCCUUUAACGACAUAUCUUAUCCCACAUAUUUAUCCUUACUGCAAGCUAUUUCCCAAAGUGUUUCCCACUUUCCGUGGCCAUUGAUUUCAGAUAAUGUUGGUAAAAUAUUAACUUGUGAUAGUUAACCAGCCACAG